UUUCUUGAGAAUAAUUUAAAAAACUUGGUACUGAAGAAAAAUAGCCCCCAAAAUAAGAGACAGUCCCAAAAAAUUUCAAAUUUUGACAUUGAUUUGAUGAAUCCUGAUGACAGAAAACGCAGGUUCAAUGAAGCCAUCGUUAAUAUGCUAUAUCCCUCCUCUCCUCAGCGCGAACGAGAGUUGGAACCUGCGGAACCCUUGAUCGAAGAGUCUGCUUCUGACGUUAUUUCAGGUGCUUUGGAUCAUUGUGACAACAAUUCCUCGACUAGCGUUGAAGAAGAGCAUGACUCGGAGACAGAGAAGCUCAGCAGGGCCCAGCGAAAGAAAAUUCGGAAGAAGAAACUGAAGGAAGAAGUCGUUCGUCGCGGAAAACUUAUUGGACCGCUGUUGCCUCUGACUUCCACUCAAGUUACACGUGAUACUCCACCUGUUCGAUCAAAUGCUUCUGAAGAAGGUGGUGUGGCGGAUUGUGGUGGUAAAUCAGGGAAAGUGAAGCACCGUAGGAUGGCAAAAAGGCUUGCCAAACAAAAGGGAAAUGCCUCUACUUUGGGCGACACAAAUCAAAGUUCCGCUGAGGACCUAAAAGAAGCCCGUUUAUAAGUAUAUGCUGGAAACAAUCACAGAUAGAGAUGCUAUUCUUUAGAGUAUAGUUGAGCUCGUGAUACAGUGGUUAAUUUUGUAAAGUAGUUUCAGAAUGGAUGGCUGUAUUAAAACGAGUUUGCUUCUUGUUACUCAACAAAUUUCCUUGGUUAACAGCAUCAUUCUGUGACUGUGGUUUCCUUCAUAAUUUCAUUUAUUACCCCCUCAAUUUAUAUGGGAAUGUGUAAAAUAGAUCAUCGAUCACGAGAGGAGAAAGUGGUAGACGCAUUUAAUGGGUUUACAGUUCUUGCAUCCAGGUGAUGAAAAACGAGAAGUCCUGUAAUGCUGGUCCUUUUUUACAUAUCUGAAAUACACUAAUGUAUUUCGAAAUGUGCAGUCUGAAAACUAUUUAUGGAAUGAAUUAAAAAAAAAAAAAAACCUUUAGGAUUUUAAAAUUCAGAAGGCAUUUUCACACUGGAUCUUCAUCUUCUUCGCUCAUUCCUCACCACCAUCACUCAUUCUUCUGCAUCUACAUCAUCAGAGUGCCAACAAUGUUAGUGCAACUGUCAAUGUAAGUGCCCUCGCCAUUACAUUCAAAGACAGGAGACUCGUUGGACCUUCGCAAAUAUGGGAAUGUGUAAAAUAGCUGCUAUUUGAUGCUCCAAUGUGAAGGCGUCGUUGAGGGCUCCAGCCAGGUAGCAGCAAUCGAUGCAAAAGGUGAGGUUCUCGCAAGAGAAACAACAGUUGCGACGGACCUCUUUGAUGAAGAGGAACUCCGGCGAGGUUAGGGAGGUGCUAGAGGAACUCUUUCUUCAGGUUCCUCAUCUGCCAGAGGCCAAUGACAGAGAAGAGACAGGGUAGAAUGGCCAAUUCAUGAUACUGGGGUGCAGCAAGAAAAAAUGGGGUGCACGAAGAAAUAGCCAUAAUGAAAUCUUGGGCGUUAAUGAACCGAACCUCAAAGAAUUUGGGGUGAUGAUAUCACACGUGUGAAAAAAAAAAUAGUUUGUAAUGAAGGUUGGAUUGAUCUGCUGUAAUUAAAAAAAAAAUCAAAAUGGGUUGUAAAAGAAUAGUGAAUUGAUUCACCAAAUGAAUGCAAAUAAAUUGAAAAGCAUAUAAGCCAAAAAAAUACAAUAAUCACUAAUUAAUAUAUUAAAACAGCAAAUACACUCACUGACCAAUGACAUUAAAAGAUUAAAAAAAGAACUACAUUAAUAUUAAUAAACUUACAAUCAUAAUUCAAUUUUAGUGAACUAUAACGAAUAUUAAAAAGAAACAAGCCCAACGAGUAGACUCAAACAAACACACCUUCAACUCACUUA